CCCCCCACUCCUCUGGCGUAAACUGGUCGCGUGUGAGCUCGGUGGGCGUGGCCUGCAGGUAGCGGAGAGGCACGAGCGACGAGUGCAGGUGAGAAGAGAGAAACCCGAGCAGGUAAGCGGCUCGUCCACGAGCAGACUGUGACGCGCGCUCCACGCGAGACCGUGCGUGUACCCUGUUGGGCAGAUCGGGGUCAGUCAGGGUCCUGCUGUUAGUCAGGACGCUCCGAGAGCAUCCAAACCGAGGGCUACCUGUGCCUCUAACAUUCUCCUUCGUUUUAUUACUCGAUCCUUCGAUCGGAAUAUAUAUUUAACUCGAGUGCUACGCGAGUACGGAACCCAGGGCUACUUGCCCCGUUAUCGGCCGCUUUGGCGCCAACGAGACCGCGACCUUGCUCAACCACGUGCGAGAUCGCGAAUGUGAAUGGAAAGACGGUGGAACUCUGUGGGGUUUACGUUGUGUACAGGAUUUUUGUGAGCCGACUAGUGCCGUUUGAGGAACCGGCUCCAUGAACUGUCGGGAGAUUUGAACGAAGAUUUGAUCCACGAACUUGGACGUAAUGUGUGAAGCGGUGCCACGAACCUGGUACAUGAAACCGGAACUUCACUGCAAUGCAAUUGGAGUUCCGGCGGGUGCAUUGUCACCCCCGGCCACACUUUCACCACCCAGUAGUCCAAGUGUCACGCUGCCGCCGUCGCCUUGGAGCCCUGGCACCGCCGGAAGUAGCCUGAGCACCGCCGCAUCCUCCAAUCCUUCAUCGGUUUCCUCUGUGAACUUCAGUCAACUGACUACGGACCGAUUUAGCGCUUUCACCCUCGUCUCGACCUGCAAUCCAGACACGAGACUUCAAAACCUGCCAUUAACUACCGCCACUGCGGCACGAGAGAUGCGCUGCGGACUAAUGUAUGGGAGUUAUGGAUCGACAGGGGCCGCAUGGUGGGCACGACACAUGGGUAUCCUGUUGCCCCCUUCACUGUUGCCACCCUCGAGGAUCCCUAAUCAACAAACCACCACACCGGUCGCAAAUUGCUCCCCCAUUCCCCCCGACACUUUGAGCACAUCCAGAGCCGGUUCACCCCGGAGGUGCACCCCUGAGAAGCCUAAGUUCGAAGAGGAAGCACCACUGAAUCUGAGCACCAAACCAAACGACGUUUCGUCGAGUGUUGGUCGAAAAAGUGAAAUUUGGUCACCAGGAACAGUGUGCGAGAGAGAAGCGAAAGAAACUAGGAUACCAUCUUCCAGGAGUCCAUCUUCCACGCCUGUAAUCACCAGACAAAUUCAUCACUCACCCUUAACGCCGCCAUCUUCGUCAGAGAGAACCUUCCAAUGUAAACAGUGCGGAAAAGCCUUCAAACGAUCGAGCACUCUUAGCACUCACCUACUGAUCCAUUCUGACACCAGACCGUAUCCCUGUCAAUACUGUGGCAAAAGGUUUCAUCAGAAGUCGGAUAUGAAGAAGCACACCUAUAUUCACACCGGCGAGAAACCUCACAAAUGCGUGGUGUGCGGCAAAGCGUUCUCGCAGAGCAGCAAUCUGAUCACACACAUGCGCAAACACACGGGCUACAAGCCUUUCGAGUGUGGUUUGUGCGACAAGGCGUUCCAGAGGAAGGUCGACCUUCGUAGACACCGAGAAGGACAACAUCCGGCGGCACCAGCCCUCGAUUAUCGUUCUCUUCAGCUACCGUCGCAGCCCAAUAACCUCAAACACUCGCCAUCUCUUCAGCAAAACGCAGCUUACCACGUGAUCUCGGUGCCGGGUAACAGUUGAGACUCCUCGCGGCUCGUCUCUUCGUC